CCCCCCAUGGCCCGUCCCGCUCCUCCGGAGCCCAGCUCAGCGCCGUGGUGGAAUUACUUCUUCCUUUAUGAUGGCUCAAAGGUGAAGGGAGAAGGAGACCCCACAAGUGCUGGCAUUUGUUAUUUCUACCCCCCUCAGAGCCUCCCUGAGCAGCAGGAGCUGCUGUGCGGGCAGGUGGCCGGCGUGGUGCGCUGCGUGGCCGAGAUCUCCGGAGCUCCUCCCAGCCUCAUCCGCCUCAGGAAGCUCAAGUUUGCUGUUGUGCUGGAUGGAGACUACCUCUGGGUUCUGGGCUGUGCUGUUGAGCUCCCUGAUGUCAGCUGUAGGAGGUUCCUGGAGCAGCUGAUCAGUCUCUUCACCUUCUACAAUGGUCCUGUGCACCAUGCCUACAUGGUGUCUUCUCAGGAGGCCCUGAGCAAGCAGUGGGACAGAUACAUUGAACACAUCCAAAGGAACACCAGUGACCUCCACAAGAUCUUCAAUGCCCUCUGGAAUCUGGACAAAAGCAAGGUGGACCCCCUGCUUCUCCUGAAGGCAGCUCUGAUCUUGCAGACCUGCCAGCGUUCUCACCAUGUCUUGGCAGGCUGCAUUCUCUACAGGGGCUUGAUUGUGAGCACCCAGCUGCCACCUUCUCUCACUGCCAAAGUUCUUCUCCAAGGAGAUGAGUCUCCAGGCCAGAGCGAGCCCGGAGGUGAGGAGCAGCAGGACCCCGGGUGCCGGUGGCCGCAGGGUGUCCGCGUCAUCCCGGUGUUCCUGACGGGAGAGGAGGCCUCAGUGCUCCAGCACUUCCCCCUGGAGUGGAUGACAAGGUCCCCAGCAGGCCCUGGAGGGGAGAAGAGAGAGAAGAAUGCUCUGGAGGUUUCAGAGUUAGCAGGAGACCUGAAUGAGCUCUCUGUGCAAGCCUCCAGCCCAGCUGCACCAGAGGAUGCUGUGCCCUCCAGCAGCCCUUUGCAGGCCUUCGCCAUAGUGGGAGCCAGCACAAAGGCUUCUCCAGCUGCAGAGCUGACCAGCCCAGGCAGCAGGAGCUCAGAGCUUGGUGGAAAUUCAUCCUUGCCAGCAGAGAGAGACACAGAGCAGCUGCCCAGCCCUGCCACACUCCAUGCUGCAGGCCCAUACCUGCCUGGCUUUGCCUUUCCAAACCCUUAUGCCCUCCAGGAGCAGCGAAGUCAGAGACGGAGCCAAUCCCUCCUGGACUCCAAGCAAUGUGGUCUCCUAAGCUCUCCAGCCAGUGGCAGUCCAGCUCUUGGCUCUCUGGCCCAAGGGCUGGGCAGAAGGAAGACAAGCCAGCAAGAUGAGCAAAGGACUCUGAGCCCAAGUGGUGUCCCUGGAGAAAGCAGAGGUGGAGCUGGGGGCAGCCUGCAGGGUUUGGACUCUGCAGCCGGCGCCGGCCGGCCGGAGCCGCAGGGCAGCCGGCUGCCGGCUCCUGAGCCUCAGGAGAGCCUGCCUGCUGAGCCAGCAGGGAGCACAGCCUGGCCCAGCAGCACAGAGAGGGGCUGGCCACCUCAGCUGGGCAGUCUGGGAGGCCAGGCUGGCGUGGAGCCGGGCAGGCCGUGCCAGCCGUUGAAGAUGAGCUUGUACGUCCACUGCCUGCGGGGGCUCGUGCUCUGCCUCCUGGCUGAGCAGCACCUCCAGCACGACCUCAGCUCUGUGGAAGAUGUGUACCACAGCAGCCUGGCUUCUCUGAAUGGCCUUGAGGUUCACCUGAGGGAGACUCUGCCCAAGGACUCCUCCUCCUCCUCAGCCAAGACAACCUACAGCUUCACCCACUAUGACUGUGUUCAGAAUGUGCUGACAGCCAACCUGCCCCACACACCUGGUCCCCUGGAGAGACACUUCCUGAGAGCCACCACACUGAUCCACUCUGACUUCAGCCAGCUCCCCACUGCCUCUGAGGUGAUCAUCAGGAAUGCCUCCACUGCCAUCUAUGCCUGCAGGAACCCCGUCCAGGAGACCUACUUCCAGCAGCUGGGUGCCCCCCUGCGCAACUCAGGGGUCCCCAACCCUCAUGACAGUGCCUUCAGCCUGCCCAGCAAGGCCAAGCAGAAGCUGCUGAAGCAUGGAGUCAACCUGCUUUGAGCCAAGGGGCUGGGGCACAGGGG